AUGGGCGCAUUUAUUUUAUUAAGUUCCCAAAAUCAGGAGGAAAUGGUUUCUGCGAUUCUCGACAUGAAUUUUUUUGUUGAUGUUGCACUAACGCACUUCCAAACUACAGCGCCAGAUCAAAUAAUCGGUAGAUUAGCUUCACUAACAACAAAUUUUCUUGUUACAUGUCCAGAAAAGGCAUUUAAAAACUUAAGCCAACUCGUUUUUACGUUCCUUGACUACGCUCAUAAUGUUUCAGUUUUAAAUUUUUACGAAAAUAUUUUUUCUAAUGCAACCAAAGCGAUAAAAGCACAAAUACUAUUUAUAGAAAAUGGAUUUGCUCAUGAAAUUGCCAAAAGACUUGAUGAAAUCGACAUUUCUAAAGUUGCAGACAAAUAUGAUCAAUAUUUCAUUAAAUAUGCGAACUUAUACAUGAUUGUUGCGACAGUUUGUAUGCACCAAGAGUAUGUCGAUGCAUUUUCUACACAAGAAGUUAUAAAUUCUCUUUCAAGAACUUUUCAUUACGCUCCUUCAUACGUAGAUGGUGCAAGAUGGGAAGCAAUAGUAUCUCUUGUAAAUACAAAGUCACUUCCCAAACUAGAAAUGUUCAUUCCUAUGGCAAUUUCGAAAUUAAUCGACGCAGUUAAAGAACCUUCCCAAGAUAUAGUAAACUGCAUCAAUUUCAUUACAAAAGUUAUAUCGCUAAAUGAUAAUUACGUCAAAAUUCUUCUACAAAGCCAAGUAAUUCCAAUUAUUUUACGAAUUGCCAUCCAAUUUGAAAAUUCAUCAAUUUUACUUAACUCAUUCGCCAAAUUUACAAUUGAAUGUCUUAACCACGAGCAAUCAUGUGAAAAAAUACUUAUUUCUUAUAUACCUUUAUUUAUUGCAACGGUAAACCAUCCUCACUACUCAUCUUUCACUUCGUUAUGCAAACUUCUGUUACUUCAAAUAGACGAAGACUCGAAACACAACAAAAACUUAAAGAAAAAACUGGAACAAGUUGAUUGUUACUUGGAAAUAAGAGAAACGUUUAUUAAGAAGUACAAAAAGCUGAUAGAUACUCACUAUGGAGGCGAUGUAUACGUGAAUAUUGCAAUGUCAAAUUAA